CCGCCGGCAGAAUUUGGCCUGCCCGAGGAAUGGAUCCGCCUCGUACAAAGCGACCCGCCCCCCAAGUACCGUCUCCUGCGUCAAAAUCUCUACUCCCAUCCCUCCCUGCGGCCUCGCACCGCGGGGAGAGAGGACGAGGUGCCGCUCUGCUCCUGCCGCUCCGAUGCGGGAGGAUGCGACCACAGCUGUAUGAACCGGCAGCUCUUCAUGGAGUGUCCAGUGGGACGGUGCCCGUCGUUACGGGACGGGGAUCUUUAUUGCGGGAAUAUGGUCAUCCAGCAGGGGAAGUUUCCCG